AUGGCCCUGGCAGUGGGAAGCCGGGUAGUUGUCCUCGAUGGGCGCCACUUCGAAGGAUUCCGGUCUGGAAGUAGAGGUACGGUCAUCGAUGUGGAUCGCGACUCGGGAUGCUGCCGGGUGGCCUUUGACAACAGCCCUUCCGCACCAGUGAAGGUUGCCAUCCGACAUUUGGGAGCUGAAGUAUCCGGCAGAGGGCCACGCUUUCCAGUGUUUGCCAGAGCCGGCAAGGAGCUCUCUGCUGAAGACCAGGCAGGAGAUGCCCUGGGAGAGGCAAUCCGGGCCUGUGCCGAGGCAACGACGUCUCUGUGCGCUGCCAGCAUGAUGGAGGUGGUCGCGGUGAGGCAAGACAUGCGAACGCUUGACAAGGACUUGCCAUCGAGCGAGCAGCUCGCAGCUCGCAUGUCGAGGCUGGAGCAGCGUGUUCAGGUGCUUGAUGAGAGCUUGGGCCGCACUUUGCCAAAGGAACGUGUCGAGGCGAAGCUGGCAGACCGAAUUUCCAGGCUGGAGCAGUUGCAAGUUUCGCAACCCGUCCUGGACAAAGUGGGAUUCGGUGGCCCAGCUGCUGCUGAGGCGCUUGCAGAGGAGAGGAUGGGAUUGAAGCUGUAUGCACAUUCAUCAGGCUGA